GUACCUAACGUGCAGUGGGAGGAUGUCGGAGGGCUGGAGGAUGUGAAGGCGGCAAUCUUGGAGACGGUGGACCUGCCCUUGCGCCACCCCCAGCUCUUCACACAAGGCCUGCGGCGCCGCUCGGGUGUACUGCUCUACGGGCCGCCAGGGACUGGCAAAACACUCAUGGCGAAAGCGGUGGCGACAGAGUGCUCCCUCAAUUUCCUGAGCGUGAAAGGUCCUGAGCUGAUUAACAUGUACAUCGGGGAGUCCGAACGCCAGGUGCGGGAGGUGUUUGCCAGGGCGCGGCGAGCGCGGCCAUGCGUGCUGUUCUUCGACGAGCUAGACAGCCUUGCGCCUGCGCGCGGAGCAGGAGCCGACUCCGGCGGUGUCAUGGACCGCGUUGUGGCACAGCUUCUGGCAGAGAUCGACGGCGUGCAGGGUGCCGAUGGGUCCAGCAGCGGCAGCUCUCAGGACAUAUUUGUCAUCGGUGCCACCAAUAGGCCUGACUUGCUGGACCGCGCUCUCAUGCGGCCUGGUCGG